AUGUCGUCAAGUAUGUCGAUGCGCCGAUACGGGCAGCGACACGGCCAGCUGUCCUUGCCGGAGAGCAUUCAACGAACAUCGGAAAUCGACCAGCAGAGUUGGAUCUCGAUUCAGAAUCUGCCGCGCAACGUCCCAAUCUCGAUUCUGACCAACGCGGUGGCUCUCUACGUGUCGUUGCCAUUGGGCUUGAGUCUCAAGUUCAUUGUUUCCCACGAUGGAUCGGAGUGGGUCGAGCUCUACGACUAUCACGAUGCCCGAGUUGGUCGUAUCUGGCUCAUUCGUCAACACAAGGCUCUUCUGUGCGAUGGUCAUGGCUUUUUCCAGUUUGUCAAAGGAUGCUCGCUACUCAACAAAAUAGCGACUGUGGAAUACAUCCUCAAUCAAGUCGUUCAGAAGGAACCAUUGAAGGCUGAGAGCAUCCAGGGCAAACUCGUCAAAGCCAAAGCAAUGGUCUUCUCGGCGAGAAGCAAGAGCUGGAUCUCUCCCGACGCCAACGAGCAGGACGACAAGGAGAACACCAAAAAAGAGACGAAGAAGUCCGUUCGCUUUGCUGCUGACGACACUGAGGUCAAGAGAAUCCUUGCAAAGUACGACGCCAACAAGGGACAGUAG